AUGCUAGCCGCGCGUUUGGUACCGUUUCUAACGCCGCUCGUAAUUGAAGCGCUGUUCACCGCUGUCGGCUGUGCGGCGGCUUUGCCGGACGCGGCGCAGGGCCAGCAGCAGAAGCAGCUGAAAUGGUUGCACGACUCGAUGAUGUUCUUCGACACGAGUCCGGUGCACUGCGGUCAUGUGCUGGCCGAAACUCCGUUGCCUGUUUCGGUUCUGUCACAGCUGAUGACCAGCCAGCACCCGGCGGUCACGUCGAUGGCGUCCGCCCUCAGCGCCCUUCUCCUGCUGCGCAUGGACCGCGAUGUGACCGAAGUGGGCAUCGUGUCCGACGCGCUGUCGCGCUUCACGAUCGUGUCCGUCGUCGCCGACGCCGUCUCCCCUGCGGGGGCCCAGCUGUCGGACGACUCGGUGAGCAGCGUAGCCUCCGGCAUGACCCCGACCGACGAGGCAAAGUUUAUCGUCGAGUUCCUGCGUCAAAAAACUUUCGACAAACACGAAAACCUUUCGUUCCUGUGGCAGCAGGUAUGCACGCAGCAACGCGAUCGACGCUGGCGAGUAAUUUUAGUCGUCAGAGCGACAAAGCCUGAUAAUCAGAACCGCGAGCUCGUCGAGUACGCCGACCGUCACUACGCGUUACCGUAUUUGGCGACAGCGUUUGCACAUCUUGGGACGAUGUUGUUCAUCAAAUGGGGCGUUCACUUGAAAGAAACGCAAAUCAAGGCAGCUGAAAUCGUCGGUAUUGUUCAAUGGUCCUACGGAGUGAAAGUUUUGUUACGGCAGCAGUGUCCAGUCCGCCGAGCUCGACUACCUCGCCAUCGUGCCACCUUGCCACAGCUCAUGUACAUAUUUAGCCAGCUCUGUGGCGUGUCCGGAUCGGUCGACCACGUUUCGCCGAUGCUGUCCGCCUUCUGCGUGACGGAUCGUUUUCUCGACUAG